UGUGAAUUCUAUUUGUGUUAAUAUUUUAAUUAUUAAUAUCGUUUUUUCUAGACUCUAAAAUCACUUAAAUAAAUGUGCUAACAAUUAACAAUAGAAAGAGAUAGAAAAACCUCGUAAUAAAUUAAGCAAUUGAUAUCAAUAAAAUCAAAAAUAUAGAUCUAUUGUACAGGAGAAAAGCAAAAAUUUAUCGAAAUGCGCGCCGUUUACGACUUGUUGCUGAGCAAUGCCUUUGAUCCCAGUAUGGUGCUACAGAACCACAACACGGUGGUGGCUCGCUCCACCUUGACCCCGAAUAGCAGCAGCCAGAAUUUCGGCUCCCAUCCGCUGGGCCUCCAUGGCGGAUCAGCAAUGGGCUCUGGAUCGGCUGUGGGUUCUGGACGUCGUCCCUUGAAUGCUGGACCCAGUACCCAGCGUCCUAUUGUGGACCUUCUGGUGGCCAUGGUGGCUGUGCCCGUGCUCAUACUCUGUGCCCUGCAGCUGGAGAAGAAUCUGCGGGAUAAUAGUGCCGAAUCCCGGUGGCUGGUCUUUGCCUUGGGCAUUGGGAUGCUGCUGAUCAGUGUGAUCAUUUGCGGCUAUGUGACGCAUCGGAUGGGCGUCUGCAUCUGGGCGGGACCCAUCGAUGAGGCGGGCAAUCGUGCCACCAAUGGAGCCAUGCCACAUAUCAACUCCCAGAACGAUGUGCUGCGCAUUGUGGACUCCCUGCCGCCCAGCUACGACAGCGUGGUCAAGUUUGAGCUGCCGCCGCCGGCUUACGAUUGCCUGGUCAUUGAUUUGGAUCAGUGCAAGGAUCUGGAGCCACCGCAGACAUCGACCAAGGCAGGAUCCUGUAGCUCCGUUUCCAUGCCUGGAACUACUUUGCACAUCUAGGUGGGGAAGGGUAGAGAAACGGAAACGGAAGAGAAGGCAUAAGUAAAAGCGGAAGCGGAAGUGUAAGCUUAAGCGGAAGUUAAGCAGGUGGUGAUGGAGGAGAGAGAAUUAAGAGAUUUUUCCCCAAAAAACAAAACAAAACUGGCAGCGCAACGGAUUUCUGUACUUGACCCACUUAAAACAAAAACAAAAACAAAAUCACACACCGAAAAACAUGAAACAAAAAACAGAAAACAAAUGCUUAACUAUACGAUUUCGAUAUGUUGUUAAUCAGCAAACUUUUCGAGUGGCGAAACCUAUAUUACUUAACUUAUGUGUUGAAAAUGUUUCAAAUUAUGAUUUCUAGGCAGAGUCGAAGGUGACACAGAUGGAAUUUAUAAUCUUUAUUGUAAUAUUCCUCCAAAAUUAACCAAUUGUGUGUCUCAAAACUAAGCCUAGUUUAUUUAAAUUUCAACAGAUUUACUGCUAAAUAUUGGAUACACAUUUAUAAAUAUUUUGUUAGGUUUGGCCAACUGCCAGCUUAGCUAAGCAUUUUGGCAUUGUAUUUACUUUGUUUUUAAGCAGCUAGUAUUUUUAACUCGUAGGACCCACCAUCCUUUUGAUCAAUUCACUGAUCAGCAAAACUUUUCUCUCGCAUUGUACAUACGAAAAUAUAUAUAUAAAACAUAUAGUUCUUCACACAGCAUCUAGUCCCAAGUUGUAAAUAGACAAAAC